CUUUCAGAAAUGAUAUCUAAGUAGACAUAAAUGCUGUGAAAAUGUCAACCGCAGUGCUUUCAUUCGUACGGGGGAUCGACUUCUCUCGGAAUGAUUUCUCCGGUGAUCGCUUCCCGCAUGCUGUGGAGCAGAUGACGCAGAUGACAUGGUUGAAGUUGAACAGAGCCAAAUUAGAAAGGGUGCCGGAUGAGCUGUCAAGGUGCACGAAUCUUGAGCAUCUUCAGAUGUCAAGAAAUUUCUUGUCCAGUGUUCAUGGCGAGUUGUCUGACCUUCCUCGACUGCGAUCAGUCAUAGUACGACAUAACCAGGUGAAAACAGCUGGAAUCCCCACAGACAUCUUUCGAAUGAAAGAUCUGACCAUCAUAGAUUUCUCUCAUAAUCAGCUUCGAGAAGUUCCUCCAAAUCUCGAGUAUGCUAAAGGAGCAAUUGUUCUGAAUUUAAGUUAUAAUAAUAUAGAAACCAUACCAAAUCAGGUUUUCUCAAAUCUCAUUGAUUUGCUGUUCUUGGAUUUAUCAAAUAAUAAAUUGGAUAUGCUACCCCCUCAAAUACGAAGGUUAACCAUGGUUCAAGAUCUGAAACUUUCCAAUAACCCUCUUCAUCACUUUCAAUUGAAACAACUACCCAGUAUGACUGCUUUACGAGUGUUGCACAUGCGUAACACUAAUAGAACCUUAGACAACAUUCCACCAUCUUUGGACGAUUUGGAAAAUCUGGCGGAUAUCGACUUUGCUGAGAACAACCUCCCAGCUGUGCCGGAAGCUCUCUUCAAACUGAAGAAUCUGCGAAAAUUAGAUAUUAGCGGAAAUAAGAUUGAGACUUUCACAAUCCCGGAAGGUAGCUGGGAAUCGUUAGAGACAUUGAAUGUUAGCGGAAAUGAAAUGAAAGCCCUUCCCGAUGGCCUCGUUCGCUUAGUGAAACUACAAAGACUUUAUGCUAGCGACAACAAGCUGACGUUUGAAGGAAUUCCGAAAGGCAUUGGAAAACUAGUGCAAUUGCUUGUACUUCAUCUGACGAGGAACAAUCUGGAACUGGUUCCGGAAGGCAUUACUCGUUGUGUUCGACUACAAAGACUUCGACUGAAUCACAAUCGGCUCAUCACAUUACCUGAUGGAAUUCACCUACUACCUGAUCUCAAGGAACUUGAUCUCACUGAUAACAACGAUCUUGUUAUGCCACCGAAGCCCAAUGAAGCACGCAAGAAACUAGCAUUUUACAACAUAGACUUCUCUCUUGAACACCAGCGUCGACUUGCUGGUCAAAGCCCUUGCUCAUCUAUAUCUUCCCUGCAAAGCACAACAAAGGAAAAGGAUCCGGUGGCCAGGAGAAAAGAUUUCAUUCGUAGGCGAAGGCAACAAACCGACCAAGAAGACGCCAGCAAAGUCAUACAGGGUAUGUCGAAAAUUGCGGGUGCGAGUGCAGCUCUGAAGGAGCGUGAAGAAGAGGAGCAGCAAAAACUUGCUGCGCGAUCCGCAGUCAACUGGAAGGCAAAUCUUGACAAACAACGGAAACAGCUUGAUUAUAGUGAUAUAUUCGAUGAAGAUGUCGGUCAAGAUGAGGGUCUUUGGGUCUGGGAGAUCGAAAAUUUUUAUCCUUCUCUUAUUGAUGACGCUUUUCAUGGGCAGUUUUAUGACGCUGAUGCUUACCUAGUUUUGAAAACCACCAAGGAACCCUCAGGGAGUUUGCGACAUGAAAUUUAUUACUGGCUGGGUGAAAGAGCGACCUUGGACAAAGGAAUGUGUGCUGCUGUGCACGCUGUUGGAUUGCGUAAUCAUCUCAAUGCAACCUGUCGCACGAUACGGGAGGAGAUGAACGAUGAGUCAGAAGAGUUCUUGGACUUGUUUGGAGGUGAAGAAAUUGUAUACAUAGAAGGAGCUCGCACAAGCACUGGCUUUUUCACUGUUGAGAAGCCGCCACAUGUCACGAGGUUGUAUCGAGCCUCAGUUAAUGGUACUGCUGUUGAGAUGGAGCCUGUCCCGGUGGCAGUGGAAUCCCUUGAUCCUCGAUUUUGUUUCCUUCUUGACGCUGGCGAAACUCUUUGGAUCUGGAGCGGAUGGAAAGCUAGGAUUACGGUGGCAAAUAAAGCACGACUAUUCGCUGAGCGAUUGAACAAAAGGGAUAGAAAAGGCGCUGCUGCCAUCGAAACAUGUCGGGAGCCGAAAGUUCCGGAAGAGUUUUGGACAGCAUUUUGGGGCCAACCAACGCGACCAGAUGAGCCUAUAGUAGAGCAUGUGCCUGAAAACUUUGUUCCAGAAAGGAAAAGACUUUACCAGGUCAACAUUGGAAUGGGAUUCCUGGAGCUGCCUCAAGUUGACCUCCCCAAGGGUGUUGCUAGACAAGAACUUCUCAACACAAAAUGCGUGUACAUACUGGAUUGCACGUCGGAUAUAUUUCUUUGGAUGGGAAAGAAGGCUAAUAGGCUGCUGAAGAUGGCUGGACAAAAGAUGGUGACCGAAUUGCAUCAAAUGAUCGAGCGACCGGACUACACGCAGGUGUCAAGAGAGACUGAAGACGAGGAGUCAAUGAUGUUCCGAUCGAAGUUUGCUGGAUGGGACGAUAUCGUACCUGUAGAUUUUACUCGCACUUCUGAAUCCGUCAGCCGCGUUCCUGAUCUCAAGGUCCUUGUCAAACGUGAUAAUAUGAUGAAGACGGAUCUCACAGCUUUGUUCCUGGAUCGGCAACCAGCAAUGUCACCGGAAGAAAGUGAAGAAUUGCUUAGUGACUGUAACGAAGAUCUCGAAUUUAUCGAGUCGUUCGUUUUGGAAGGGAAAAAGUUUGUCCGUUUGCCUGAUGGAGAGUUUGGUACUUUCUACACCAUGGACUGUUAUGUAUUUCUUUGUCGUUAUGCUGUGAUACCUGAAGAAUCUGAGGAUGAGGAAGACGAGAACGGAGAUCAAGAGAGUCAACAGGAUUUCAAAUGUGUCUUGUAUUUCUGGCAAGGGCGAGAUGCUUCGAAUAUGGGUUGGCUGCACUUUACCUUCCAACUGCAACCUACUUUUGAGAAAAUCUUCAAAGAUAAGCUUGAAGUGGUGCGCAUGCAUCAGCAACAAGAAAACCACAAAUUCUUGUCUCACUUCAAGCGAAAAUUUGUUAUUCGUCGUGGUCGUCGUGGUCUCACGCGAAAUUUGGGUGGAAAAUGGCCUGAGCUCUUCCAAAUGAGAGCAAACGGGUCUAGCGUUUGUACAAGAACAAUACAAAUCGAUUGCCGAGCGACCGAACUGUGUUCCGGUUUCUGCCAUAUUCUGCGAGCGCCAUACAGUGUGAUGCACGAAGAUGGAGAGAAGGGAAUAGUGUACGUCUGGAUUGGAGAGCAAAGCGAUCCGCACGAACAUGAAUUUGCUCGCAGGGUUGCCGAAGAAAUGAUUAAUCGACAUGAUGAGUCUUUUCCGGUACAGGUGAUCAAAGAAGGUGAAGAGCCCGAUGAGUUCUGGGAGUAUAUCGGUGGGAAAAAGAAUUACGAAAAGGAUCCUUCAUUCUUCCGAUAUACUCGCCUUUUCCGAUGCACAAACGAAAAGGGCUACUUUGCUGUCUCUGAGAAAACAGUGGACUUCUGCCAGGACGACUUAGAUGACGAUGAUAUCAUGAUUCUUGACAAUGGUGAUAUUGUAUUUCUCUGGUUGGGUACCAGAGCCAGUGAAGUAGAAGUGAAACUGGCAUACAAAGCCGCAACGGUAUAUGUUGCUCACAUGAAAAUGCGACAGACCGAUCGACCUCGCACUUUAAAGUUAGCCAUCAAAGGCAAAGAAUCCAGACGUUUUAAGAAGUGUUUUCAUGCUUGGGGUAGGCAUAAGGUGCCUGCUGGUGAUUAAGAUUGGUGUCGGUUCCCCGUAGCCUUGUUAACUAGUCAUUUCAACUUAUAGCCGCAGUUUACACAGGUUGCUCACAUGACAAGGUUCUUUGUUUAACAAGAGUCAUCUAAUUGUUCCUGUACAGUACAACUCUUUAUGCCUUAUAGGCAUGUUUCCGCUUUUUAGGUUCACUUUGUAAGUUAUAUUUUUUGCAUUCUGUCUUAAUGCCUUUGAACUCGUCGUAAUACGGAGAUUGUUGUGCCCUGUUCGUUCAGCUAUGUAUGUAUCUUACUGACGAAUGCCGUUUUUUUUGUAGUGUACAGGUGCUACUGUUGAUUUCUCGAUUCUAGCGAUUUUCGGCAUAUGCUAGAAAUUGGUUUUUUGCGAACGUGUUCCUUUUCUGCUUUCAUCAAGAAGAGUUUAUAAAUCGUAUCAUUGUUUUGCAUGCAUUAUAUCUCCAAGAGGUUCUUACUAACUAGUCUUUAACAAAAUAAAUGGAGUUUUGAGAUUUUGCAU